AUGGCUGAUUUUAUUUAUGUUACGUUGAAAUGGUUUUAUGGUGGGGUAUUUGAUUUAAGUAGUGGUGUGUCAAGAUAUGAGGGUGGUAAUUGUACAGAAUUCUUAGAUGUUGAUGUUGAUAGGUUAUCAUAUUUUGAGCUUAGGGACUACAUAAAGGAAUUAGGAUAUAGUCCAAGUUGUGGUUUUAAGGUGAAGCCCCCUAAUAGUGAUAUUCUUGUAGAUGUACUUACUGACAAGGAUAUUUUGGACCUUUCCCUAAGUUUGAAAGAUGGGGACAUUGUGGAGAUUUAUGUCUGCCACAUGGUAGAUGAACCAGAUAUGCCCCCAUUGCCUUUGGAAUAUAUUGUUCCCAACAACCAAACAAAAAGUGAUGCUUUUAAUAAAGUUGGUGAGGGUAUCCAAUGUGAACCAAAUGUUUGUCAAAGCAACCCUAAUGAGAACCCAACCACUAAAAAUACACCACUUGAAACUGUAGCAACUACUACUUCACCCUCUCAAUUUCCCACUAAUUCUUCAACCCCACAAACAGAAGCUGUUGAAAAUUCACCCAAACAAACUGAACCUGAAGAUGGUGAAAAUGCAAAGCAAGUAAGUAGUGACCAUGUUGACUCUCAAUCAACAGAUUCUGAUGUUGAAUCAGAUCUUGAAUCUGAUGUAGAAUCAGACCAUGUGGCAGUAUUUGAUGGUCCAGAUGGUGAUGAUGGAUCUGACGUACAUGAGGAAAGUGUUAAUGAGUUUAGAGAUGCUGUGACUAGAUAUUCACUUCAGAAGCAUAUUCAGUUAGAUAAGUUUGUCAAUGAGCCUUCAAGGGUGAGGGUCACAUGUAGGGAUGGUUGUCCUUGGUUAAUUUAUGCUAAACUGGACAAUUCAAUCAAGAAUUUUCAAAUCAAAACAUAUUAUCCUAAACAUAGAUGUGUUCAGACCACAAGGAACUAUAUGUGUAAUUCUAAGUACCUAGCCACCCACUACAAAGAUAGAAUUACUGAACAACCAAACAUCAGAAUUUGCAAACUCCAAGAGGCAAUUAGGAAGGAACUUGGUGUACAUGUUGGCAGGUCCACUGUUAGGAGAGUUAAAUCUAAGGUUUUACUGGAGAUCAUGGGUGAUCAAGAAAAAAAGUUUGGAAGAAUACUUGAUUACAGAGAUGAAGUGUUGAGAACAAAUCCAGGAAGUACUUGUGUGGUGAAAGUGUCUACUACAGAAUUUGCUGAAGAUGGUAGGCCUUGCUUCUUAGGUUUCUACAUCUGUUUUGAUGCCUUGAAAAGGUCAUUUUUGAGUGGUUUUAGAAGAUGCAUUGGGUUAGAUGGUUGUUUCUUAAAGGGUUGUAGCAAGGGUCAACUGCUAGUUGUUGUGGCUAAGGAUGGCAACAACCAGAUAUUGCCAAUUGCUUGGGCUGUUGUGGAGUGUGAGAACAAAACCACAUGGGCUUGGUUUUUUAAAAUAUUGAUUGAAGACUUGAACUUAGGCGAUGGGACUGGUUACACAGUCAUUUCAGAUAUGCAAAAGGGGCUUUUUGCCACUAUAAAAGAGCUCCUACCAGAAGUGGAGCAAAGGCAAUGUGCUAGACACAUCCUUGCAAACUGGUCCAAAGAUUGGGGAGGCCUUGAAAGGAGGCUGAUUUUUUGGAAAUGUGCUAGAAGCACAAUUGAGGUAGAUUUGAGAAGAAAUUUGGACAAAUUACAGCUGCUUGGUGGUGAGAAGAUUGUUGAGGAUUUACUCUACUACAAGGAACACACUUUUUGUAAGGUAUACUUUAAUACUGAAACUAAGUGUGACAUCAUUAACAAUAAUAUGGCUGAGAGUUUUAAUGCUUGGAUCUUGCCUGCAAGACACAAGACCAUCAUAACCAUGCUAGAAGAGAUUAGGAUUAAGGUAAUGAAUAGGAUAAGCGUGAUGGGGUCUUUUGCAAACACUUGGGUCACAAGAAUAUCUCCAAUGGCAUUAAGGACAUUAGAAGAAAACAUGGGGAAGUCAAUGAACUGUGAUAUUGUGUUUAAUGGUGAGCAUGGGUUUGAGAUUCUUGAUGGUCUAUAUCAGCACACUGUUGAUAUUGUCAAUGAGAAAUGUAGUUGUAGGUCAUGGCAGCUCAAAGGAAUACCAUGUCCACAUGCCAUCUGUGCCAUGUUGUACAAGAAGUACGAACCUAUUGAAUAUGUCCAUGAAUACUAUAGCAAGAAGAACUGGUUCAAAACCUAUUGUCACUACAUUCAACCAAUGACAAAUAUGGCAAUGUGGCCUAGGUCUGCUAAUCCUGCUAUUGCACCACCAAUCAUCAGGAAAAUGCCAGGCAGGCCCUCAAAAGCAAGAAGGAAAUAG